CAACUGAAAACCCUGGUUAUAAGUAAUCAAAGUUUCUCAUAGCCAUAGCAACCAAGAAUAACACAUUCCAUAGUACUUUUCAACCUCAAGACACGUACGAUAUGGAUGAUUUUAGUGCGGUUCUUAUGUUCAUCUUGCUAGCCCUAUUCUUCAUCUUGUUGGGACAAUCCAUGUAUAGAAAGUCUCAAGGCAAAGCCAAGCUGCCACCAAGCCCACCGGGCCUACCGAUCAUAGGCCACUUCCACCUUCUUGGCCCUCUCCCUCACCGAGCUUUCCACGACAUCUCACAACGUCAUGGCCCUCUCCUUCACCUUUCCUUCGGCUCCAAAUCUUGCGUCCUCGUUUCCUCUCCUGAGAUCGCCAGGGAAUGCCUCAAAACCAAUGACGCUUCGUUCUUGAACCACCCUCGUAAAACCAACCUCGCCUAUGUCACGUAUGACGGUGCUGAUAUUUUCAUGGCACCUUACGGACCUUUUUGGAAGUUCAUGAGAAAGCUUUUCAUUACUCGGCUCCUCAGCCCCACCACGCUGCACCAUCACUCUCCUGUCCGAGCGCAAGAGCUCAAUUUCUUCUUGCACUGUUUGCUGAAAAAGGCUGAUUUAGGAGAGGAAGUUAACGUUGGAGAGGAGGUGGCGUUGUUGGCGUAUAAUAUUGUCACCACAAUGGCUUUCAGAAAAAGGUGCGCCGAUGUUAAGAGUGAAGGGUCCCAGCUGAUUCAGGUGGUCAAAGAGUUGGUCGAGCUUGGUGGUAAGUUCAACUUAGCAGACAUGGGGUGGUUGUUUAAGAAGCUAGACUUGCAGGGGUACAGGAAACUACUAAAAAGUGUUCGAAGUAAGUACGACGUUAUAAUAGAGAGAAUCAUCAAGGAGCAUGAAGAGUCAAGAAGGAAGAAGAAGGACAUGCAGAAGGAUGACGAAGCAGAAGCAGAGGGGGACCUGCUUGAUAUUCUAUUAGACAUAUACGAGGAUCCAAAUUCAGAGAUUAGAUUGACCAGAGAAAACAUCAAGGCCUUCUUUCUGAACAUCUUUGGAGCUGGCACUGACACUUCAUCGCUUACAGUGACAUGGGCCCUGGCAGAGCUGAUGAAUCACCCAGAUAUAAUGAAGAAAGCAAAGAAAGAGAUCGAUUCAGUGGUAGGGAAGGGCAGACUAGUGGAGGAAUCAGAUAUUCCAAACCUUCCGUACGUGGAAUCCAUUGUGAAAGAAACAUUCAGACUUCACCCAACAGGAACCAUAAUAUCGAGACAAGCAACGCAAGAGUGUAAAGUUAAUGGGUACGUGAUUCCGGCGAAGACGUCUCUGAUCGUGAACGUGUGGUCGAUUGGAAGGGACCCUGAGUACUGGGAAUACCCACUAGAGUUCAGACCAGAGAGGUUUAUGACUGACGAGGGACGGAGCGAGAUGAGCCUGAAGGCGCAGAAUUUCGAGCUGUUGGUGUUUGGGGCGGGAAGAAGAAUGUGUCCAGGUGUCUCACUGGCAACGAAGGUGGUGCCAACAGCUCUGGCUGCUAUGAUACAGUGUUUCGAGUGGAAGCUGGCUCAUGAAGGAGAGGUUGACAUGGAGGAGAAACCUGGUUUAGGCCUCCCUAGAGCUAAUCCUUUGCUGUGCAUUGCUGUGCCUAGGUCCCUGCCCUUUCUAAAACUCUAGGAUCCUUUCCUAAAUUUAGCCAUGCAUAUCUAUGCUCUUGUCAAAUGUCUGCAACAAAUAAUAUGUGCUGUUGUAUUUAAUAUGUAACGUUCUCUUUCAAUAAUCACAUACCUACCCAUCUAGGGCCAAUAAGUAUGGUAAUCAUCACACAGCUGUUGUCCCCAUAUGAUAUCGUAGCUUUUGAGUUCAUUGCAGGAUUAGGCUUUUGUACUGAA